AUGAUAAAAAUCUGGCAUGAAUUACUUAUUUCUUUGGAUCCUUACCAUCGAACUGCUAUUUAUCAAAAUAAUAAAAGUUGGCUAGUAAGAGAAAUAUUGUAUCUGUUGCAAGUUUUAGAUUUACAUCAAACUGUAAUACCAAUGAAUAUAAAAAAUAAUACUUUUAAUUCGAAUGGUGGUUAUUAUAAAUAUCACCCAAUAAAAAAUGCAAAUGCUAUAUGGAUUCCAUUAUUACCAGGAUUUUGUGAUAAUAUGAAUCUUCAAUAUAUACAAUCAAUCAUUUCACAACAGUAUCCAAAUCUUUUUGAAAUUGAUAAAAAACUUACAAAUACUUUACAUAAAGAAACUUUAUUAAAAAAUAAUUUAGAUCACUUAUCAUCAGUAUUAAAAGACAAGAUCGAAAAUAAAAAUCAACCAAUAUGUAAUAAUAUUGCUUUAGAUUCUAAUGGAAAGUAUCUAUCACCACAAAAAACUCAAGCACUUAUGGUCGAUUAUAAUAAGAUUAAAAAUGAACUUACCAAUGCUAAAAGAACUAUUAAACAAUUAAACCAAAAAAUUAUAGAAUUAUCUAAUACUUAA